AUCCGCCGGAAAUCGUUCCUCCUACACGAGGAACGCCUCGAUGUCCGACGAGAUUCCAGUCCGUGCUAAUCUUCCCCGUCGGCCUCCGUCUUUUGAAACGCGCCACUUUCUCUUCGCUCCUCUCUUCUGCAUCCUUCAGCAGUACAACUUAAUAUCGUCACGCGUCGCGAGGAACUAGUGCUACUACCAGCUGCAGUAGUUACUCGUAUCGUAAUAGUACUAUGGCGCGCUUCUUCCCUGCUUCCGACCCGGCGAUCGAGCGGCAUUUCGCGAUGCUCGACGCGGGAUCAGCCUUCAAACGCGGCGAGGAGGAAAUGUGGGGGUGUGAGAGGGACAAAGCACGCUCCAGCCACGGCGGUUUCUUCGGAGAACGAGACAACCUCCACGAUGGAGCGCGCUCCAGCGGCCACUUGGUCGACCGCGCCUCAGAGUCGGCGCGCGGCGGCGUGCGCCCCCGGAACGGCUCGGCGCGCAACCGCUGGCCCAUCGGCGGAAACUUCGCAGUGUCGCGCUCUGGCGCGACAAUCAGCGGUGGCGCAAAUGUCGGCGGCGCGGCAAACAGCCCCGGCGGAGCGUCGGCCAACACUCAGAACCAUACUGCUUUUCGAAGCAGCAGCGCCAGCAAGAGCCCACUGCAGUCAUACAGGCCCGCCGCGGUUUCUGGUAGUAUGGCUCCCGUUAAGUCAAGUAACAGCGGCAGCGGCGGCGGAAGCAGCGGCAGCAGGCAAGAGUCACCUACCAGCCCUCUGUUGCUGGUGGCCGGUCGUUCUCGCUCUGUAACUUCUGUUACCAGCAGCGAAUCCAGUCCUCGCGACGAUACCUCUGCUGGAGUGACCAUUUCGCCAGCUGCGCCUGCGAAGGAGUUUCAGGACAGUCUUAAAGCGGCAAAUCGUGGAGUGAAGGUGGUCGCGGGAGCAAAUCCCGCUGCGGUCGAACUUUAUUUCAAGCGGACAGCGCAGCAGGGGGGGACACGUGCGCCUACGCCUGCUGCCCGCUCUAGUCCCGCGAUUGCUGCUGUUGCUGGCAGGUAGAUAGUACGGUAGCCUUCCUUCAGCAUGAGUAAAUGGUACAUAAAUGGUAGUAAGAGUUGUCUAUGCUGAUGAUGUGUAGUUCACAACAGAUUGAAAUGCUUAUCUAUCCUUUUGUGUGGACUCAACCAGAUUUAUUCAGCAGC